UUGCAGUAUCCUAAAGGAACAACAGAGGUUUACUCCUACUUCGAAUGCCGCGGUGGCAAAUUUCCAGAGACCGUCUUCUUUGGAUUACAGUACAUCAUAAAAAGAUACCUUGCUGGCCAAGUUGUAACAUUAAAAAAAAUCGAAGCAGCCAAGGAAAUGAUGAAAAAACACUUUGGCCGAGAUUUAAUGAAUGAAGAAGGGUGGCGCUACAUUCUACAAGAGCACGAUGGACACUUACCUAUACGGAUUAAAGCCAUUCCCGAAGGAAUGGUAAUACCGGUUAAGAACGUACUAUUCACGGUUGAAAAUACAGAUCCGAAGUGUUACUGGUUAACCAGCUAUCUUGAAACCAUCCUUGUCCAAGUUUGGUACCCACUUACUGUGGCCACGAACUCUUUAGCAUUCAAGAAAAUAAUAUUUCAGAGCCUUGAAGAAACAUCUGACGACCUAUCAACCUUACCAUUUCUUAUGCACGAUUUUGGCUUUAGAGGAGUCUCAUCAAUUGAGUCAGCGUCAAUAGGCGGUGCGGCCCACCUAGUAUGCUUCAAAGGUACUGAUACCAUGGCAGCCCUUGGCCUAGCUAAGGAGUUCUACGAUUGUGAUAUGGCUGGCUUUAGCAUUCCUGCCACUGAGCAUAGCACAAUAACGGUAUGGCAAGAGGCUGGUGAGGCCGACGCGUACCGCAAUCUGCUUGAACAGUUUCCCACUGGUUCUGUCGCCUGCGUUUCUGACAGCUAUAACAUUUGGAACGCUUGCGAAAAAAUAUGGGGCGAGACUCUGCAUGACCUCGUGAGUUUUUGCCUUUUUCUCCUGCAUUGCAAUUUGCCUUGUUAUGUCGUCUCACUCAGAGUUUGCCUGUCCCUCGGUAUAAGGAAAACAGUUUCGGUUUAA